CUUACACCGAAACUCGAGUAGAGAAGUAUUCUAAAAACCAGACAUGCGCUGCUUUAUUAUUUUCUGCAUAUUAACCAUUUACCUAAGCAAGAGCCAUUCUGCAGGCUGUGUGGGCGAUGAGUGUCAAACCCAGUGUGCCGCCUACUGUUUUGGUGUUCUGAGUCCCUGCAUGUCCAACCUGGCCAUCCUGCAGAAGCGAACGGAGGCCUGCGAGGCUGCUGUGACCAUAGCUAGGAUAGCCCUCACGGACAAGAGAUUGGAGACCUUUGGUGCUCCUUUGACCAGCCAACAGGAUAGGGAAAAUAGAUCCCAGUUACUCCUGCCAGCAAACCUAACCAAAAAAGCCGAAACCUUCAUGCAACUGGGCACUAAGUUUUAUUAUAUCGAAAAGGAACUCAAGUUGAACUGGCACGAUGCCUUGGGUAAGUGUCACAAGAUGGGUGGCCACCUGGCCAGUCCCCAGAACCAGGAAGAGCUGGAUGCCUUCAACAAUAGGCUGAGUGGCCUGCAUCGCUACUGGAUCGAUGUGACCAAUCAGUUCAAGGAGGACGAGUAUGUGUCCUUCACCACAGCCUCCGCAGCGAAGUUCCUGCGCUGGGCGGAGGGAGAACCCACCAAGGAUGGCAAGUGUGUGGAUAUUCGUACUUAUAAUGGCAAGACCACCAUGAACGAUAACACUUGCUCGGUUAAUUUGUAUUUUAUAUGCGAAAAGUCUAAUGAUUUAUAGAUACUUUUAGAGUUAAUUAAAUAGCAAACUCUAAAGCCUUAUUUUUGUUACUUUUAAAAUAAGGAAUUUUAGAACUAGAUUUUUAAUAGAUUUAUUUGAAUAUAAAUCUUAAGUUAGAUCGCUUAACAAAAGAGGGAAGAGUAUAGACUCUAAAACCUUAUUUUCUGGUUUUUAAAAUUUGGAAUUUUAGAAUCUUAUAGAUCUUUGGGAUUUAUUUACCUUAAAUCUAAGCAAAGCAUCAAAAUUGUAACGAAAUAAAUUUUAUUUU